AAAUCCAAGUCAAUACAGUCGUGUAGAUUACUACUGUCAUCAAAAAAGGAAUACUUCUCCGGAAAGAUUGCGGAGAUCGGAUAUUAUCAGAAACAACUUUUUAAUAUAACAAACAAUCUUUUGAGCAAAAGUAUUGCUCCUAUUUUCACCACACAUGACAUCAAGGAUGAUGAACUUGCAAACAUCUUUGGGAGAUUUCUCACUGAAAAGAUAUCAACCAUCCAAGACCAACUUGCUAUCUGAAAAGAGGAUUAAGGAAUUGAUGUUUUAAAUACAGAUAGGAUCUGUGAGAGAGAGCGCACACGCUUUAUCGUAAUGAAUUUUGUAUUCUUAGAAUUUUAAUAUUUCUUUUACAGAACAAAAAUGAGUUUAUUGCAAAGAAUUUUGUUGCUCGCCACAGCGGUCGUCAUUAUUGCAGCUGUUUCAUCACAACCGUUAGUGGAAAAUAAUGUGCCAACAGCGCAGCAAUCCGGAAACGAUCUCAAUUUUUAUCUAUUGGAACAAGUGUAUGCAAUGAAACCAAAAUUACAAGCAUUGGAGGCUAAAACCAAAGAGAUGGAACUUGAUCUAGCUAUAAAAAAGGAACAGAUAGAGGCUCUGCAGAAUCGUAAAGAAUUUAGAUGUGAAUCCCUGGUCGUUGGGAGAUAUGUUGACACUAAACCCCAACCUAACUGGCCAUACACAUGGAAGGUAACUUUCCAUACUCCGUUCGAGGCGAAGCCGACCGUGACAUUCGACCUGUAUCAUCUUGAUUCUGCACCUACCACAAACCUAAGGGUGACAACGGAAAUCACCAAUGUUUUCAAAACUGGAUUUCAGGUUCAACUGAGUACUUGGGCUGAUUCAGAGUUAUAUGGGGCUAAAAUCAGAUUGAUGGCUUGUGGAAAGUAAUACUAGUAUAAAAUGGAGCAUGACCAUGUCACUACAUAUUUUGUUUGUUGAUAUGUUGUUUAUCAUUACAGAAUAAGGAAUCAUUCUUUGAGUGUUAUGAGGUAAAAAUUUUGGUCGGGGCGUUAUCAAAUCCAACAAAGUCCUUCGGGGCUUUAUUUAAGGUAUAAGGAUUCGUUCUUUCAGUAUGAUUUGGUGAUAAUUUCGGUCGGGGCGUGAUCAAAUCCAAUAAAGCCCGAAUGGCUUAAUGAUAGAUUUGAACCACACCCCGACCGAAAUUAUCACCUCAUAAUAUUCAAAGAGUGAUUCCUUAUUACUACUACUUAUAUUUAUGUAAUAUUCAGCCAUUGUAUGGUUAAAUAUUUAAAAAAUAUAAAUAAGCAAAUCCCGAUGGUUCCCUAAUUUUACGUCAUUUGAAGUUAUUGGACUGUAUAGUACAAAAUCGAUACCGGUACGUAGUGUUAUCACAGGCGAAGACACUGAAAAAUGUAAAUAUUAUAGAUUUGAUCAUGCCCCGACCGAAAAUAUUAUCUCAUAAUAUUCAAAGAAUGAUUCCUUAUAACAUGUAUUUAUAUAAUUUUAAGCCAUUGUACGAUUAAACAUUAAAAUAUAAAUAAGCAAACACCGCUGGCGCCCCAAUUGUAUGACAUUUGAAGUAAUGGGCUAUAUAGUUCAAAAUCGAUAGGUAGUGUUAUCACAGGCAAAGAUACUGGAAAAUGUAAAUAUUUGGGAUUAAACUUUAAAGAUAGGGGAUAUUCCAUUGAAAUUUUGAUACUUGUACAUUAAUUAUUAAGCAUUUGAACAUAAAAUAGAAAGAAAUGAUCCGUUCACACAAGACACGAAGUUUGUGGAUAUGAACGAUUUAAAACAAUUGAGUUUUCAAUGUCUGUACCGAGGUUUGAAAGCCAUGUUGCAAGCACUAUUCAAAUAAAAUUACUAUUGAAAUGAAUUAUUUCAGUAGUUGUUGGGAAUGUAUUUCAUUAUGAGAAUCACUU